AGAAAUUUCUUUAGUCUCGAGUCGGAAACCCCUGGUGCAAAUUAUAGAUCCCCCUAUCUGGAAGAAAACUUGGGAUAUUGUGGUUCCUCCAAAAUUAAAAUUCUUCAUCUGGCAAUGUCUAAGAGUGAUUCUUCCAACUGUGGUAGCACUUGAGUCUAGAGGGAUUAAUUGUCGUACCCGAUGCCCGGUUUGUUGGAGAAGUCCAGAAAGUAUUGAACACUUAUUCUUUAGAUGCCCCUUGGCCACCAGAUUGUGGUCGCUUAUGGGCCUAAAUGACUUUAUUACCUCGGCCCCGACUGUGAAUUUCAGUCUCUGGUGGCAACAUGUUACGCUUUCUGAGCACCCCCAAACCCAUGUUCCUCUGUACGUUUGCGUAUUGUGGAGAAUUUGGAAGUCUCGAAAUAAGGUGGUUUUUGAGCAUUUACAACCUCAUGCCCAGUCUUUAGCCCGCCAAUGUUUUUUCCAUGUCCGUGAAGUCUCUUCUUCUCUUCCUCCUGCGCCUGCCCCUCCCCGCCAUCCUCCAAGUUCUCGCCUUCUCUCCUGGGUCCCUCCUCCUGAUGAUUUUUUGAAGAUCAACUUUGAUGCUGCGGUUCGUGUUUCCGGUUGUUCGUCUGGUCUAGUAGUUCGUGGAGCAGACGGGCAUGUAGCUUUGGCAGUAGGGUUUCAGCACUCCGACAUGACUGAUCCCUACCUAGCAGAGCUUCUUGCUGCCAGAGACGCCAUUUCCCUGUUGGUCUCCAAGUCACUACCUCGUGUCAUCAUCGAAGGUGACUCCGAAGUGGUGGUUCGUCAGCUUUGUCAGGGUGCUUCUUCUGAUUCCCUAGGAGGACCAGUGCUUAGGGAUUGCUUCCUUCUCCUUGCUUCUGUUUCUGUCUCCUUAGAGUUUAGGGCAGUGCCUCGGUCUGCUAACAGGGCUGCCCAUAGAGUGGCGCAGAAAGCCCUGCUUCUUUCUCCUCUUGAGUUAUGUUCUUUCGACUUUGUUGGGUGGCUUCAUUGAUGUAAUAGGUUGGGAGGUGUUCGGGUAGUUUGUAUAGUUCUCUCUUUUGACAUUUCUUGGGGAAAAAAAAGUCCUAAACUAGAAGAGAAUUACUUGGUUGCCUGAAUAAGAUUGGUUCUUUCAGUCGCCCAGGAACAAGGACUGCUUGGAAAGAAAUGGACAUGGACGCUUUGGUCAGUUCCAUUAAUCAGAGCACCAGAACCACCAUUGUUGGUGUUAGGAAGAACAUAAUUGAUAUAAAGGAGAACGACUCCAGAAUUUAAGUAUAAGCGAUCAGAGUCGCUUUGAUGCAGCAAUUGUCGAGAAGAAAGUAGAAAAAAUCGAUCUUGUAUUGUAGAUUGAUCAAUAGUUUCGGCAAGUAGAACCAAUCUGAGUGAUCGCCUCAUAAUUUCAACCUAAUUACUGGAAAUCUGAUUCAGUGACGCAAGCUAAAAUCAUCCUAGUAUUAUCGACACAAUAGUCAAGGAAUAUGCCACAAACGAAAACAAAGAGCAAUUGACGGAUUCAAGCCUUCCGAAACCGAAGAGUAUGAAGAUUGCAAUGCAAGAAACAGACAUACACUAU